UCACUCAAAAAGCCUCUCUACUCGAGCAGCACCCAGUAUAAUAACUGGCGGUUUUCUCCGACACAAUUGCGGAGUAUCAGAUCAUCUCUGAAUGCAGCAGCAGUUACUGCCAUUCGCAACACAUUCGAGACUAACUCACCUGGAUCGUCAUCAGAUAUCCAGUUUCUGACCGCAGAGGAAGAGCACCUGUUAGUCAGACUGUACAUCACCAAGAUAUCUCAGCUAUGUGGCCAUUUCCAUUUCCCUGAAGAGGUAGAAGCAACCGCCGUCAGCUACCUCAAGCGAUUCUAUCUGAAGAACACAGUGAUGGACUGGCACCCAAAAAAUGUUAUGUGCGUAAAUUGUUCUCUUCCGCAAGCCACUUGGCUGACGGCAUUGUUCCUGGCUACCAAAACCACAAACCAUCCAAUAUCGUUGGAGGCGUAUACAUCCAAUAUUCCUAGGACGGUACCAUCCGAUGUCCUUGAUCUUGAAUUUUUGAUCGCACAAAGCCUCGCAUUCGAGUUUGCUGUCUGGCAUACGCACCGGGCUCUAUGGGGCCUCUGGCUUGACGUCCAGGACCUGCCAGAUUCUCCCUCUCGAGACAUAUUGCAAGAAGCAUAUGACACAGCUCUCCGACAUGUUCGAACAUCUCGGAUUACCGAUGCCGAGUUGAUUUACACGCCAUCUCAAAUUGCUCUUGCCUGUUUAUCUAUAGCCCACCCUGAUCUCGCUGCCGUGUGGGCCAGAUCCAAAGGCGUCGAGCCAAUCAACUCUAUUAAGCAGAUGAUCCUCCAGGAUGGCGAUAUUCCCUCGGUUGAGGUGGUACGUGAAAUUGACCGAAGGUUGAAGCUGUGUAAAAACCCAGAAAAAAUCGUUGGGAGUAAGGCGUAUCUGGCCAAGAAGGAGAAGGACGAGAGGGAGGCGUCAGAAAAGCGAGCCAAGAAGGCGGAGGAGGUCCGAAAGGCCAUGGAGAAUGGUGAUCCAUUCGGUAAUGAAUUAGACGUUGAGACACACUCGAUUGCAGCUUUAGACGACGACGACGAC